GAAACACUGCACACAAAGGAAGGAGCUUUGUAAUGAUCAAUGUUCAGUUCAUUUCCAGGUUUUAUCACUACGUUUUACACCUUGGAAACAUCUUCUACGCUGACAGGGACAUAAAAGUGUGCAGUUCAAAAUCUAUGCACCAACAUGAGAGAAAAUGAAAGUUUGGGCAUCCAAGAAAACAUCUCUAUAUUGCCAAGUAAUCUCAUUUUGCUUAGUAGGACUAUUGUUUAGCUCUUUCAGUACAUUUUUUUCUCAAUGUAAUUACAUAGGUGUAAUUGAGAGCCAAAAUGGAAAAUGAUUUGAAUAAUAUCCAAGGAAUUCAUGCGGUACGAGCAACAAGAACUGGAAGCUAGAACAAAUACAAACAUGGGCAAGCUGAGCCAUAGAGAAGAAUUCUGAGCAGACAAAGGCUCUAACCUGAAGAUGAUGUGAAAUAGGCACCACUCCAUUGUCUUCAGUGGAAUUAUACCAAGGGGCCCAAGAUCUCUGUUGCCCUCACUAUUAACUGCAGGAUGGCUGGGUACAAAGGAUGCACGAGGCACCCAUAAAAUUAACCCUGCUCUGAUGCCAUCAUUUCGGAUGUCCCAGUGAGAACUCUCAGAGAUGCCGAUUCUCUCAGGAGGCAACAACCAGGACUAUAGUAACAUUAGCUACGGUUCCUGUAGUUCUUUGAACCAUCUUUUUCCCAUCUCUGUGGACACCCCUUCUGUCAAAGGGGUUCACUAUCAAAGGGCCAGGAGGAUUUACCAUCCAGAUCAGAUCUGUACGGUUGACACAAAGAGGGAGAUCAUCAUAAAUGUCGGAGGAAUCAAAUACCUCCUUCCUUGGAGCACCUUAGACAAUUUCCCACUGACCCGGCUCAGCAAGCUAAAGUUUUGCAGCAGCUACGAUGAAAUUAUUCAGCUGUGUGAUGACUAUGAUGAAGACACCUGUGAGUUCUUUUUCGACCGGAAUCCCAACGCUUUUGGGAUGAUUGUCAGCUUUCUAGCAGCAGGAAAGCUGAUGCUCUUACGAGAUAUGUGUGCCUUGUCAUUCCAGGAGGAGCUGAGAUACUGGGGAAUUGAGGAAUCCAACUUGGAGAAAUGCUGCUUCCGAAAACUGUUUCAAAAACUGCAGGAGCUGGCUGAGCUGCACAAGGAGGAAGAGAUGCAAACAAGCAAGGAGAACACAUGUGUCUUGGUCGAGAGAACCAAAUUUGAACAAUUUAUGAAUAAUCUCAGGGAUAUGGUUGAAAAUCCUCAGUCAGGACUCCCAGGAAAAGUCUUUGCUUGUCUCUCCAUCCUGUUUGUGGCCACCACAGCUAUAAGCCUUUGUGUUAGCACAAUGCCGGACUUAAGAGCCGAAGAAGAUAGGGGUGAAUGUUCUCAGAAGUGCUAUUACAUCUUUGUCAUCGAGACCAUCUGCGUGGCCUGGUUCUCGCUGGAGCUCUGCCUCCGAUUCAUUCAGGCGGAGAGCAAGUGUGAGUUCUUCAAAGGGCCCCUGAACAUCAUUGAUUUCUUGGCUAUUUCACCCUAUUAUGUUUCCCUCAUAGUGGUUGAUGAUGAGCCAAGUGAGGAGGCCGAGAGGCCAAGCAGCAACUCAUAUCUGGAGAAGAUCGGACUGGUGCUACGAGUCUUACGUGCCUUGAGGAUCUUGUAUGUAAUGCGCCUUGCCAGGCACUCCUUAGGCCUGCAGACUUUGGGGCUCACAGUUCGAAGGUGCACCCGUGAAUUUGGCCUGCUUUUGCUCUUCUUGUGUGUAGCGGUCACCCUGUUUUCUCCCCUGGUCUACUUGGCUGAGAAUGAAUCUGGGAAGGUCCUUGAAUGGGCUAUUAUCUCAAUGACCACGGUGGGAUAUGGAGAUAUGGUCCCAAGAAGUGUCCCAGGCCAGAUGGUGGCUCUGAGUAGCAUCCUCAGUGGGAUUCUAAUUAUGGCUUUCCCAGCCACCUCAAUCUUCCACACUUUCUCCCAUUCCUAUUCAGAGCUGAGAAGACAACAUGAAAAAUUACAGUCCCGGCUAACCAGGCUAAAAAACACGAAUCACUCCGGUGAAAUGGAUAUCUUCAAUGAGACAGACAGCUUGAUUUCUGAGGCGCCAAUGUCACCAAUUAAGUACAUUUACACAGGAAACUAAGCCUUGCUGCAAAAUAUCUCGGAGUACAUGAACAAAGCGAAACAACAACGUGGGUGACUUACCAUUUGCAAUGCAAUUCCUGAAAUGGGUGUAAUAAAUUGGCCAAGCCAAAUGGAGUCUUACAAUACAUCACUCUGGAGUUACUGGCUUGAAGGAAGUCAAAGGUCAGGGGUUAUUCAUCACCCAAUAUUUAUUAAGCACUACCAUUCUCUUUGUAUUGAUAAAACUAAUGAUAAAAGUACAACUUUGUCUAUACCAGUUAGAUACCUUACUGAGUCCCUAACACUGAAUGAGUAGCAAGCAGAAUUUUGCUGACAUAAAUGACAGUAAUCUUUUUAUUUGGCUUUCAGUUUCCAAUGUUCUUUGCAAUUAACACCUCGAGCCAAGCAUUAGAAUGGAUAUUGUAAGGCUACACAUCCUUGCCCUUGUUACACUGCACAUCAGCUAGCAUACAGAGGAAUCCUUGACAUUGAUAUCUAUAUCCAGUGGCAUCAAAAAGCUUAAGUAAAAGUUUUUAAAGCUCUUUAUGCAAUUCCAUGAGUAAAGAAUUGCACUGCAACUGUAAAUGACUUACAUAUUCCCAUAAAAGACUUUGCUUAAAAUGCAAUUUCAAUCUCUUCUCUGUAAUCAUUUCACACUAGAUACAAAAAGUUUUCAGACUUUUUUCUUACAUAUACUUGGCUCAGAUAAUAAUGAAAGAAUAAAAAAAGCUUAGUGACUAAAUGAGAGGAAUCAAUGUUAUCCUGUUUAUUGGAGUGUGAUGGUGUCACCCAAGAAUGGUUAAAAAUAAACCAGACAUGAUAGCACGCGCUACG